ACAUGCAGCGUGAUUAUCUACAGAUAUAAAAUAGAAUAUGGCUUAUUAAGAUUAUAGGAAUUAUAUUGUUUCGUUUGAAAUCUAUCAAAGAGACUCAUGCCUUUUCUAGAAAUAGCGCGGUGAGGCAUUUGAGGCAAUGACAUCAACAUUAUUCUUCCUCUUUCACAGAGUUUGAAAUGAAGACAGGAGAACAAGCGGCGAUCACUUCGAACUCUUCAUUUAGCGUGUAACUCAAUGUUAUCUUUCUUGGCGCAGUUUGUAUCUGUCUUACGGCUUGAAAGAGACACACUUUGAAGACUAAUUUAGUUUUUUUUGUUUAAACAAAUCGCGAUGGCUUUACAGUUUUGCGAUGCCUUUUGGGGUGCUGACUUUACUGACCAAUCAGGUUAUGAGGCCAUUGCACAGAGGUUACAGGAUGGCAGACACAUGUGCAAAGAUGUGGAAGAACUGCUGAAAAUGAGAGCAAUGGCUGAGGAGAAAUACGGAAGAGAGCUGGUGGCAAUUGCUCGGAAAGCAGAAGGCCAAACCGAGAUUGGAACAUUGAAGGCAUCGUUUGACAAGAUGAAAGCUGAAAUUGAGAAGUCAGGAAAUCUGCACAUCCAGCUGUCUGAAGGGAUAAGGGAGGAUGUCCAGAAAAUCGAGGCAUUUCGAGAACAUCAGAGGGAUCAGACAAGAAAGCUUGAAGAGAUUAUUGAAAAACUUCAGAAGCCAAAAAUGGUAUUGCACAAGAAGACAAUGGAGUCAAAAAGGUUAUAUGAGCAAAGAUGUAAGGAGGCUGAUGAAGCUGAGCAAGCAUCGGGGAAGAAGACAAAUGUGACCUCCUCCACCCACCGGCAAUCAGAAAAGGUGCUGAACAGGGCCCGGUUAUGCAGGCGAGCAGCCAACCUUGCAGAAAAACAGUAUAUGUGGAAUGUUGAACAGCUAGAAAAAACUCGGCAGGACUGGGAGAGCACAUACAGAAGUGUGUGUGAGGUGUUUCAGCAGCAGGAGUGUGAACGCAUUAAUAUCUUGCGCUGUGUGUUAUGGAAUCACUGCAAUUUGCUGUCUGUGCAGUGCGUGAGGGCCGAUGAGUGCUAUGAGGAAGUAAGGAAGGUUCUAGAGCAGUGUGACAUCAUUGCUGACAACAACUGCUUCAUUGAGAUGAAAAAGACACACUGUCGUCCACCAGCUCCCUUAGAGUUUCAAUGCUACAGUGAUGUGGAUUCUAAUGAAGGUGUCAGGAGGGUUGAAACAAAAAGAUUAUCUAUCAUGCUGCCAAGAGUGAUGCCCUCUUGUGUAUAUCCAGAAGCAGACAGGAAUUCAGGUGCAACAUUUACACCUGCUGAAGAAAGAGGAGAUGUGGCUGAAAAGUACUUGGUGUUGUAUGAUUUUAAAGCUAAGGAAGUGGAUGAACUGUCUAUCAGUAAAGGAGAAAUUGUCAUGGUAACUGAGCAGGGUGAGGAUGGGUGGUGGACAGCAUGGAAAGAUGGCAUAUCAGGGAUGGUUCCUGGAACAUACUUGACCAAAGUCUCACCAAGUUGCACACAUCUCGCCUCUCAUUCUCACCGCAAUUCCGUCAAGUGGAACUAAGCAGAUCUGUACAGAAUAAGAUAUAAAAAUAAACAGUCACUAGACUUAAAGUAAAGAUUAUCUGUGAUUUGGACUUAUACUGACAGGAUAGUCUGAGAGCGCUUUUCCAUGAUCACGCCGAACCAUAUUCUAAGCACAGUCUGAAACGAUUACAAUUAUGUUUCCAUGUGAGCCUGGUUUGACACAGCACGAUUACAAACUGUGCUCGGCUCGGAAUUUUCGGCACGGUUGUCUAAUCGUGCUAAUUAGCACUGAAUUGUGCUAAGGAAAGCACACAGAGUCAUUAUAGCGCAGUCAAUUGUGUUACCAAGGCAGCGCGUGAUGCGUUUGUGUUUACAUUCUAAAAAUUUCCGUUAUCAGCCCUGCGGUGGAAAAUGAAACCAUUUACGUACCGGCUGGCAUGGAUCAGCACGGAGAGGAAAAGCGCUCUAAGUAUAUUUGGCCUGCACUCAUUCUUUUUGAUGGAGAUGUACUUAAAAGUAUAAUCAAGUAUUCUCAUUCGGCUUGAGACUUAAUAGCCUAUUAAUUACUUUUUGACAUAGUAUUGUCCCUUUUAUAAUGGGGAUUGUGGCAGUGUUUGAAAUCUACCAAUCACAUUCAGACUUGACCAAUCACAUUCAGAAGUUAAAUAUGAAUUAGUAUACACCUGCCAUCAAUUCAAGUCACUGAUAAAACCUUCAAAAGUAUGACUGUUCCCAAAGGGUUUUUUCUUACAUAAAUUUGGUAACAUCCAAUUGAAAACACUGAGAGCUUACUUAAAAAUAUUAAUCUGGAGAGGGUUAGAAAAAAAAAUCCAGGACAUUGAAUAUACCAUGGAACAAUGUAAAGAGAGUAAUCAACAUAGUGAGGAAUAUAGGCCACAAGAGUGACAUUAGUAAGACCAGUACAUCCCACUAAAAUAGGCCCUUUUCACAAUGACGUCACUUAACUUCCGCCUUUUCGCAAAGCAGUGUAUCAUAACUUACUUAAUUUAAUCAUAACUUAAUAAUUUAAAAUAGUAGUUUUUUUAUCGCACAAUAUACUUUAUAGGAGAAGUAAUGGAACAGUCAAAUAGUUUUGAAUUUGCUCCUACCCCUCAUGUGACUAUUUUGCAUCAUCCUUUGCAUUACAAUUUGUUUUCCAAUUUGUUUUUGCAUUGAUACAAAGUAGAUGAAAUUGCCCCAAUGAAUGAAUUUUGUUCUUGAUUAUUUUCACUUUUACAUGUGAACUGGGCUUGAUGACUCUGAAAAAGUAUAAAUGCUUUUUUUUUUUUUUUGAAUUCUGAUUGCAUUGUGAGGAAAAACACAAUUAAUAAAUAUUAAUCACAAUUACUGAUACAGAGAUUAAACCAGUUAAAAAUAUAUAGAGAUUACCAUCUUGAAUUUCUCAAUAUCACAUAGCUUGUCACAUUACUACUACUGUACUAUUGCACUUAUUAGUACUGUAGUUUCAAAAGAUGAAACUGCAACCCUCUAAUAUCUAAAACUGACACAUACUGUAUACUUUACAAAUUCUUUCAAAAAGUGACAGGAUAAAAAUAUCUCAUUGGGUCAAAUUCAAGAAAUUUGAGAGUAAAAGUCAGACAUUGUCAAUGUUUUUUUAGAUCUACAAUGUUACAUGAAAAAAACAGUGCAAAAAUAUAUUUUUUAAAUAUCACUUAACCUUCUGUAGUCAAGUAAAAUCCCAUUUGUCAUUUACAGUGCAUCAAUUAUGUGACAUACUCAAGAGGUCUGACCAGUAAAUCAUGUAAAAACUCAGGUUAAAUGUGUGUAAAUGAAUAAAAAUGUAAAUAUUGUAUAUUUUUGUAUAGUGUAAGUGUAAUAAGUGUAAUGUUAGUUCAUAUAUACCGACAAGUGUUUUGCCACCCCAUAUUUUAAGUAAAAAUGCAAUUUCAGUGUCAGUGUUAGUGAUUGCUGCAUUAUGACAUUUACAUUUGUGCAGUUACCAAAGUCAGACUAGGAAUCGCAAAUUAAAGGAAUAGUUCACCCCAAAAUAAAAAUUCUGUCAUAAUUUACUCACCCUCAGAUUGUUCCAAACCUGUAUAAAUUUAUUUGUUCUCCUAAAUAUAGAGGAAGAUCUUUGGAAGAAUGACAGUAAC